AGAGAGAGAGAGAGAGAGAGAGAGAGAGAGAGAGAGAGAGAGCAGGGAGAGGAGACAGAGGAGGCUCGCGGCUGCAGGAUCCCCGGAGGAGGAGCGGAGAGAAGACGCCACCGCGGGUCUGGACCUGAGUUCAGCUGCAGCUUGAAGGAUGUUCUCCUCUGUGAAGGCCUUUGAGGGGCAGCAGUACUCCACCCUGAAGAAGCAGUGUUUGCAGAGUGGGACCCUGUUUGAAGACCCUCUGUUCCCCGCUGUGGACGACUCGCUCUUCUACCAGGGCAACCGCAUCGGCCGUGUGCACUGGAAAAGACCCAGAGAGCUGUGUGAUGACCCUCACUUGUUUGUGGAUGGGAUCAGUGCCCAUGACCUGCACCAAGGGCAACUGGGAAACUGCUGGUUUGUGGCAGCAUGCUCCAGUCUGGCCUCGCGGGAGUCUCUCUGGCAGAAGGUUAUCCCUGACUGGAGGGAGCAGGAAUGGGAUCCAGAAAAACCUGAUUCAUAUGCAGGAAUCUUCCACUUCCGCUUCUGGCGUUUUGGAGAGUGGGUGGAUGUGGUAAUCGAUGACCGCUUGCCCACAGUAGACAACCAGCUAGUGUAUUGCCACUCAAAUGACAGCAAUGAGUUCUGGAGUGCCCUGGUGGAGAAGGCUUAUGCCAAGGUGUAUGGUUGCUAUGAAGCCCUGGAUGGUGGCAACACAGCUGAUGCUUUAGUGGACUUUACUGGCGGGGUGUCCGAACCUGUGGACCUGCUAGAGGGUCAGUAUGCUCAGGAUGAGACGGCCAGAAACCAGCUGUUUGAGAGAGUACUGAAGGUCCACAACAGAGACGGCCUCAUCAGCUGCUCCAUCAGGGCAACCACAGUGGAGGACAUGGAGGCUCGGCUGGACUGCGGUCUGGUAAAAGGCCACGCCUAUGCGGUGACGGAUGUGCGGAAGGUACGCCUGGGCCAUGGACUGCUGGCCUUCUUCAAGUCUGAAAAGCUGCACAUGAUCCGCAUGAGGAACCCUUGGGGGGAGAAGGAGUGGAGUGGGCCCUGGAGUGACAGUUCAGAGGAGUGGAAGAAGGUGAGCAAGAGUGAGAGAGAGAAGCUGGGCGUCACUGUUCAGGACGAUGGAGAGUUCUGGAUGAACUUUGAGGAUUUCUGUCACUACUUUACUGACCUGAUUCUGUGUCGACUGAUCAACACGUCCUACCUGAGCAUCCAUAAGACGUGGGAGGAGGAGGUGAUGAGGGGCUCCUGGGUGUACCGGGAUGACCCACUGCGCAACCGCUCUGGAGGUUGCAUCAAUCACAAAGCCACUUUCCUGCAGAACCCUCAGUAUGUGUUUGAUGUGAGGAAAGUGGAGGAUGAGGUCUUGAUCUGCCUGCAGCAGAAAGAGAAAAGAGCCACACCAAAAGAAGGCAAAGGAGAGAACCUGGCUAUUGGCUUUGACAUCCAUCGGGUGGAGCUGAACAGAAAGUACCGCAUGCACUCAGCCCAGCAAAAGGUCGCAGGCUCAAUCUACAUCAACUCUCGCUGCGUCUUCCUAAGAAAAGAGCUGAAAGAGGGCCGUUAUGUCAUCAUCCCUACGACCUUUGACCCUGGCCAGCAGGGAGAAUUCCUGCUCCGAGUUUUCACUGAUGUGCCUUCAGACUGCAAAGAAUUGACCCUGGACGAGCCUCCCCAGACGUGCUGGACGGGCAUGUGUGGAUAUCCUCAGCUAGUCACCCAGGUGCAUGUGCUGAGUGCCGAGGGCCUGCAGGGCCAAGACUCUAAUGGAGCCUCAGAUCCAUAUGUGAUCAUCACCUGUGAAGGGGAGAAGGUUCGUUCUCCGGUGCACAAGGACACACGCUGCCCCAACUUUGACGUCAAAGGGGUGUUCUAUCGCAAAAAGCCAAAAGAGGGCAUUCACAUUGAGAUCUACAAUAAGAAUGUGAUUGUUGACACCUUCCUGGGUCAGGUGACCCUCUUCAGUGACCCUAAUGACCGGCAGGAGCAGCACACAGUCCAUCUGAGAGACAAGGGCAGUCGCCAAGAUAACGACCUCCCAGGCACGCUGACAGUGCGAUUGAUCACCUGCACCACUUUAACCAAUAUCUGACCACUUAAUGACUGCAACCCUACCCCUGCCCUUUCCCCUUUAUCCUCUCUUUCUCUGUCACUGUCCCUUGUUAGCUGUCCACAGUGAAUUCAUUUACUGUCCCUCAUUUUCCUGCCUGCCUGUAUCAUUUCACAGCGCUCACAUUCUUUCAUGCUUUGAUAGUAUGCGUAAGGGCUAUGCAUUAGUCUUGCAUGAGCAGCUGAGAUAGUCUCGGUAUUAGAACCUCGUGGAGUCUUCAUCAGUUGAUUAGCCGCAGGUUUCCAUUGCCAAAUGACCUCAGCAGAAGUCCUUUCUCUCCAUCUCUCCUUCCCUCGUUCCUUACAGUCAGGCAUCCUCCACCUGUUUAGGAUCAUGAUGAAGAACAUUCAAGAUGAUGAUCAACCUUCAUCAUCUCCUCCAGGAUAAAGAACUUGAAGAAGAGGCUAUUUACAGAGACCUCAGCCAGGGCAAGAUCUGGUUGGUUUUAGCCUGUGGCCUUGGCGUUUGCAAGAUAUGAUUAUUUACCUUGACUAGUGGCCUCAACCAGGGCAAGAUCUGGUCAGUUUUAGCCUGUGGCCUUGGCAAGUACAAGAUCUCAUCAGUCACCUUGGCUGGUGGCCUCAACCAGGACAAAAUCUUGUUAAUCUUGACCAGUGGCCUUGGCUACUGCAAGAUCUCAUCAGUUUUAGCCAAUGGUCUUUGCUAAUGGCCUUUGCUGGUCAGUCUUUGUUAGAGGCCUUGGCUAGUUCAAGAUCUGGACAUCUUCUGAGUGUCAUUACCAAUAAAGAACCAAAAACAACAAAAAAAAAACUGACAUCCUGAACACUAACUGUUCACAGAAGACUCUUUGUUUGAGAGUUCCUGCCUGUCGUGUGGGCUCUUAAACGUCACUUUCACUGGAUGCUCUUUGGAUGUGCAGCAGCAUGCUUAAAGUAGCUUAGCAACAAGGGGUGAAAAGCAGAGGCUGCUGGAGCACGGAGAGGAGUUCAGCCACAACCAGCCGCCUCCGGGGACCAAAGGCCCACCCAGCCUCUCUGCCAUGUCAUCUCCAUGGUAACGCCACUGCCUGAGGACAGUGACGGCAGUUUUAACAGAUAUGCCUGUUUGGUUUGUGUGUGAAUGUGUCCGCCUGUGCUGAACGACGCCCUCAGACAUGCUUAAAGGACUCUUAGAUAGAGGGUGGACUCAAUGCCAGCAGUGCUUGAAAGCAGAGAACAGUCCUUGUGACACACAUGGAGGUGCACUCUGCAUGUAUGCUUAAAGGGGAAUUUCACAGAUGCUUUAAAAUUUCUGCAUUAUUAAAUCGUUAAGAUGUAAAUAAGGACAUUCCGAGUGGUUUGGAUGUGAAAUGCUUGAUCCUAGAGGAACAUACCAACUUAUUCAAUUGUUCGCAAUGGUGGUGAAAGGAACCAGAUGUCUGAAGAGUUAAAUUUUUUUAAGUAGUACCUCACAAAGUUCUUACAUUAUAUGAAUUCUUUAUUUUGAGAGACAAUCACUUCUCCACUUUUUUUUUUACAUUUUUAAAACAAUCAACUACAAUGAAGAAAAAAAAACAACUGCCAACUAUAUACACUCAGUCAGGGAGCAAUAUACAAACGGUAUCGCAAGUGGGGAAGUACAUAGAUACAUAAACAAAUGUCAGAAGUAGAUACCUAAACAUGAAAUUAUAUGGUAACUUUCAAAAUAUAUUUAUCAAUUUGGUACAACAACAUAGUAUCACAAACAGUAAUUCUUACUCAUUGGAUACUUCCAUGAAAUGUGGUCGUAAAGGGUUUAUAUAAGUAACCCACUUCGACCAAGACUUAACAAAUUUAUUCAUUUGUUAGCGGAGUGAGGAAGUUAUUUUUUCCAUAAUAUAUAUUUCAUUCACUAGAUCUAUCCAGCUGUUUAUUAUAGGAGCCUCUGGAAGUGUUUACAUUAUAUGGUUAUGAAAACACACAAUUCUGUCAUUUUGAGAUGUGUCAUUUUGUCUGUCAUUUUGAGAUAUUUUUUUAAAUCCAAGAGCGGUCCAGGCUGUGCAUUCUAAGGGAAAAUAGGACCCAAGAAAACCUUUUCCCUUUAUUGUAUGACUAUUUCACCAUUACAUCAUAUAAGGACCAUAGUAGUAUUAAGCUAACUAAAUAAAAAAAAAAUUAGCAUUUAUUUUUAGGGGUUAGGGCUGGAAAUCCCUUAACCCUAACCCCUAAAUUACAACUAGUGCAAAUCAUAUUACAUUUUUUAAAUAUAUUUUUUGUGUCAGUGUUGUUCUUUUAAAGUGAACUUGAAUUUAGGUCUAUCAACUUUUUGUUAAUACAAAAACUUUAUUCAGAAUUUGCUGUCCCACAUUUUCAUUUCACUACUGAAACACAUGAAGUAUUAGUCCAUUAUUUUAGCCACACCCCUGCAUUUUAGAACAGAAGGUCAGGCUGCAUCCCUGUCCCUCAUGGCCACAUGGUGAGCAGUUAGAUCACAUUGUAUUGUAAGUAAAUAUGCCCUAAACUCUGGAAAACAGUGUGUAACCUUAAGAAUUAUCACUACCGACACAAGUAUUUUCUGCAGUUAAGGUAACUUUUUUGUGUUUUAAUAGAAAAUGUUAUGAUUUUAUGUUUACAACUGUUCAAAGCUUUGUGAACUAGUCAUGUACCGACUAGCCUUUUGAGUGAUGCUUAAAAUUUGCAUAGUAUAGUAUUGAUAUAGUAAUAUUAAUAUAGUAAACAUAAUUAAAGUACAGAGUCGCUCAAAGCAAAAAGAGUUUAGUCCACUUUACUCUAGCUUAGUCUGAACUCUUGAGUGAUCCGUAAAAGCUCAGAAGACAUGUUCUCUGGUGGUUUUGAAUAGUAUAUAAAAUUGCUAUAUUGCACUGUAGUCAUUGUGAUGCCUGGUUCCUAUCACCACCACUAUCAAAAGAAAUGUGAGUCAUAUAAAUCUGUCUAGAAUGUACCAUUUCACACCAAACCAUCCUGAAUACGUUUGUUUACAUCUCAGUAAUAGAAGUAUGCUGAAUUUUUGAAAGAUCCCCUUUUGACUCUGACCCCAAGGAUCAUGGGACAGUAACAAGAUGUGUGUAUGUGUGUGUGGGUGUGUGUGUGUGUGUGGGGGGGGUGUAUGUGUUAUAGCUGAGGAUUUUGAUUUCUUCAGCUCCUGCCAAACAGCAUGUGCCAUGAUGUGGAUCCUCUUAGAACUGUUCUUCCACUCCACUAGGGGACGCUGCACUGGAAUGUUUGGAGAUUUUCUCACUUGAACAACAUACUUACAGACACUUUGGUGGACAUCAUCACCAAUUUUGUGUCUUUUCCAAUGGCUAGUGUGCUGUUUUACCAAGAACCGCUACAAGCCUGUUUAUAAACCCCCAUUACCAGUUAAUGUAUUGCAAAGACUUCAGUUGCUAUGGACCCUGUAUUUUAAUGUAUUUAGGUUGGAUUCAGUCUCUUCUGUUCUGUUAUGAUGGACAUUGUCGCUGUCCAAAAAAAAAACUAAAAAAA